AGAGAUUCAUCUGUGACCCAGACCCUCGUUUCUAGGACACACGCUGAACACAGCCAAAGCGUCAGGGUGGCAAAGCACUUCCGGACGUGUUCAACGCUUCACAUGGUCCUCUGUCUUGUGAAUUCCCACUUCUCAUCAGGGCCUCUGGUCUCUGCAGGUUUGGGAGGCGACAUGGCCACGGGGGUCAUCAGGAACUUCCACAUCCAGGCCCCGACUCCGGCCUUCUUCCCCACUUUCCUGGACUCUCCGCGCGACAAGGAUGAGGGCCGUCAGCCGAGGGAGAAGCCGCAGGAAAGAGAAGACGACGAAGAUCAAGAGGAGGAGGAGGAGGAGGACGAGGAGGAGGAGGAAGACGAAUGUUUGGAGCCGUUCGUUUUGAAUCCAGCUCAGACCGCGGUGGACGUGACCAAUCAGCUGCUCAGGUUCGCGGAGCUCAUCAGCCGUGACGUCCAGCGGUAUUUUGGCCGCUGCUGCGAGGACCGGGAAGCCUGCGACAUGUACGACGACUCUGUCUCCGUGGUGACCAGCGGCCGUCUGCGUUACUACGACGACCUGCUGAGAAUCGCGGGCGCGGGGACCCCAGAGGGGCCGGCGAGCGGUCCGGAGGCCCCGGACGACCGUCCUGGACUCGGCGUGCCAAAGGGCGGCAGCGGCUUGGGGCCUCUGGCCGAGCUGUUCAACCACCGGGUUCUGAGUCAGGUCAGAGGUCAGCCCAUGAUCCACAGGCACCUGCCGCUCAGUUUCUGGACAGAGCCGGUUCCUCGCUGCCCUCUGGUCGGCUUCGGCGGCCCGCCGGACGUCACGCAGGCGAGCGGCAGCACUCAGGCCGACGGACACGUCAACCCGCCGCCGCACCACAGCAUCGCCAGCAGCAGCGAGCUGGACUUCAGCGACCUGCUGGCUUACUGGGAUCCAAACCCGGAGUUUCCUCACGCGCUCAUGGAGGACGUUCACACAGAGAUGAGCGCGCAGCAGCUGCCCGGAGCCGGCAUCUGA